CUACGAAAGCCAAAGCAUAUAUAGGUUGACCGACUCUCGGCAUUUUUUUCGGGCUGGAACUUUGCAACGACGCUUAGUAGAAACAAGCCGUUUAACUACUAGGUGCUUACCAUGGAUGUACUUGGGGCUAGCUUAAUGACGCAGAAGAAACUACAGGCAACAUGCGCCUGAGGUUCCACGCGGAGGGUUGAGAGGCCUGCCAAGCAUGAGGAGACACUGGAGCUUCUCCAUAUGGCUGUUAUUGGUGCUGCUGGUGGCAUUGCCGGCCUCAGGCUCAACCUUUCGUGACUUCACAACAUUCACGGACGCUAGCGUCGGCGGUCAGGACCUUGGUGGGGUCAGCACCUCAGCUGGCCAAGCGUCAUGGCAAGCGUGCGUCACGCUGUGCCAAAGCUACAGCGAAUGCGUCGGCUUCUUGUACAGGAGCUCUCCGUCCGCCUCCUGCGUGCUCAAGCGCACACGAGGGAGAGUGGCGUACGGCGCGUUGCCGGCCGUGGGCGCUGUGGCGGGCGUGCGCGGCUUUGAGGGCGCUGGGGCGCAGCAGCCGCAGGUGGUGACCGUGUCGCUCGGGUCGACCGGCAACUUCACGUUUGCCUUGGGGGCCACCUACCGGCGGCCGCCGCUGGUGCUGCCCAGCAUUAAAGGCUAUCAGCAGGCCGACUACGGGACGUACGCCAUGCACGUCACGGACGUCAACACCACCCACUUUACAAUUGAGAACCAGCACAACAGCGCCCUGGGGCUGAACGUGCUGGUACUGGACGGGCUGACGGAUGACAUGACAUACAUCCUGCCAGCGCCCAGCUGCGACAGCAACGGUGCCUGCAACACCACCGGCUGCCGGGUGCUGUCCCAGCCCCUCUCCUUCCCCUGGCCGCUGCCGUCGUCACACGUGCCGGACGCGUUCGUGGUGGUGCCGGAGGUGGCGGGCCCCGGGGCUGGCGCGCCAGCCGACUCGGGGAGCACGGUGGCGGUGUCUGGCUCUCCGCCCAAUGCCGUCAGCAUGCGGCUGUGCCCCAGCUCCGGCGGUGGCAGCAGCCUAACGUCCUUCACCGCGGGCUUUCUGCUCACCGACCACCCCUUGACGCGGGCAGGCUCCUACCGCUACGACUGCCCGCUGGGCUCCCGCACCAGUGACAGCGCCUGCCCGGUCGCCUACAACGGACCCACCGGCACCGACUGCGCGCUGCGUGAGAUCAGCACCUACAUCACCUUCAGCCGGCCGAUGCCCGCCGACCCCACCCUCGUGCUGUCCAUCAUCGCCUCGGACGGGGACCCCAGCACUGAUAAGAACUUUGAUGUGUACGUGCCGAGCGUGUCCAUCUACGGCUUCACUCUGAACACGCGGGCCUACUGCACCACGCGGCUGUGGAGCCUGGAGGUGUCGUGGCUGGCGGUGUCCCCGACCAGCUCGCCACCCAAGCCCUUUCCCAGCGUGGGCCGGUCGCGCUACGGCUACUUCUACCGCGGCUGCUACACCAACGACUACCAGGCCGUGAUGAUGUACACCAUGUCCUCAAACGACAUGGGCAUGACCAUUGAGCGCUGUGCGGCCCUGGCGCGCGCGAGCAACUACGCGUUCUUUGCCAUCAAGGACGGCCGGGACUGCACCGCCGGCAACGACGGCGGCUGGGGCCUGCGCUCCUACGAGGGCACCGACGCCUGCGCCGUGCCGUGCACCGGCAGCGCGAGCGCCGGCUGCGGAGACACCAACCGCAUCUCCGUGUACCAGCUGGUGGACAGGUUCUACAAGCUGGACGCGGUCACGGACAUGUCGGCCGCCGAGGGCCUGUGCAGCAGCAGCGGCGGCGUGCUGGCCAUGCCGCUGAGCGGCGAGGAGAACGCCGCGGUGGCGGCCGCCGCUGCCGAUCUGCUCAACGCCACCAGUGGCUACGUUCGGCUGGGCAUGCGGCGGACCAGCAACACGCCGUCCACGGACCGCGAGGCGGGGUGGGACGUGGCGAGUGGCAGGCAGCUGACAGGCAACUACCUCAACUGGCGCAACCCGGCCGACGUGUCCUACCCGGCGCAGCCCAGCGGCAGCACCGACGACCUGUGUGUGUCCGGCUUCAGCACCGACCUGCUGUGGGAGGACACCUCCUGCACAAUCGGCAGCGUCGCCAUGUGCGAGCGCGUGUUCUCGCUGCCCGAGCAGACCACGUGGGUGGGCUGCUACAGCGAUAGCUCGGGGUCGCCCCUCCUGCCCACCUACCUGGGCUGGGUGGGCAGCAUCGCGGGCUGCGCGGCCAGGGCGCGGCUCGAGGGCUUCAGCCUGUUCGCGGUGCGCGCCCAGACAAGCUGCUACGGCGGCAACGACGCGUCCAUCCUGAGGGGCGCGUCGCGCGGCACGUGCGACCUGGAUUGCAACUACUACAACCCCACGCAGCCGCACAACGGCCAGCUGCUCAAGUGCGGCGGCUCCAGCGCCAGCGCCGUGUUCACCGCAGGCAACCAGUUCUGUCGUAGCCCGCUGAUGGCGACCGGCAACGUGACCACCACUAACAUGCCCUCCUCCGGCACCGUGCUCACCGCCUCCUUCAAUCGCAACUUCCGCGCCGCGCCAGUGCUACUCUAUGCGCUGCACAACUGGCGCCGGCCCUCCCAGACGUUGUCGGUGUCGGUGACGCUGAACGACGUGACCUGGGACCGACUCACCAUGUGGGUGGAGAUCAACGCCAUGACGUACGCCGGCAACCCCGGCACUCUGGAGUACAUGGAGGCAAACUGGAUGGCGCUGGACGGCCUGCCGCAGGGCAUGCGGAUCAAGCGCGAGAUUGGCUGCAGCGCCGGUGGCUGUCCCUCCCCCUCCAACUGCUGGAUCUACACCUACCCGCCGCUGCCGCCUGGCGCGGCUCUGCCUUUCGUGGCGGUCACGGCCACGCACACCACCGACGGCGGCUCUACGGCGACGCUGUCCGGCAACACGCUCAGCAUCUGCCCAGUGAGCGGCGGCGCCAUCAACGCCUUCCGGGCUGACCUGGUGCUGGCGGACACGGCCGUGGUGCAGACGGGCUGGGUGUCGUGGGCCUGUCCUGCGGGCCAGGAGACCAACGCCACCGCCUGCCCGCUGACAGCCGUGGGCGGCUGCGCCGACCGCGACCAGCAGUUCAGCGGCAGCUUCGAGCCCAGCUUCCCCUCCGGCUCCGAUACCGAGGUCUUGCUGUCACUGGUGGCGGUGGAGGCGGUGUGCGACGGCGGCUGCUACGGCGUGGACGUGCGGCUGGCGGGCCAGUACCACGACACCGACCAGCUGCUGUUCAGGGUGGUGGCGGGCUGCAGCACCAGCAUCAGGUCCUUCACCGUCAACUGGAUGGCCGUGCUGCGGUCGCGCCCCGGAGACAGCAGCGGCGUGUGCACUGGGUCCCCGCGGAGGAGCGGCAUCAGGCGCCUGGGCUGCUACGGCAACGCCACGACCGUGCCCAACGCCGUGCUGCCCCUCACGCUGCCCCAGAACCACCCCAGCAUGACCAUCCGGCGCUGCGCCGAGGCCGCCCGGCUGUACGGCAGCGACAUGUUCGCCAUCGUCAAUGGAACCAGCUGCUUCGGCGGCUCGCUCUCCUCCGUCGGCGGGCUGCCGCCGCCUGUGCCGGCCUCGCAGUGCUCCACGGGCUGCUCGGGCAGUGGCAGCCAGAAGUGCGGCGGCCCCGACAGCAUGUCUGUGUUUGGCAUCUACGACCGGUACAACACCAUCGGCUCCAGCCCGCUCACCUCCAACCCCUGCGGCUCGGGCCGCGUGCCUGCCACCGUGGCGUCAGCGGAGGAUGACGUCAUCAUCCAGAACGCCAUGACGGUUGCAAACGUGUAUGACGCGUGGAUCGGUCUGCGCCUGACCGGUGCCACGUCCGGCGCACCGCCGAUGCUGUGGGACACCCGCUGGACCUGGUCCAGUGGGGCCACCUACCGCGACCCCGUCUACAACAUAGGCGCGCCGCUCACCUCGGCCCUGCCAGGCUGCACCGUCAAGGAGAGCACGCAGUACGGCGCCGCCAACAGCCAGUUCUCCACCCUCACCGUGGCCAGCUGGGCCGUCUGCUGCACCGCCUGCGCGGCCAACUACGCCUGCUACUACUGGUCGUUCCGGCCCAGCGACGGCAGCUGCCAGCUCAAGGGCGACCAGGGCCCCAGCUCCUGGUCCUACGACGUCAACUACGUGUCCGGAGCCUCGCCGGAAGUGCAGGCCACGCCCGACGACCGGCCGAGCUUGGCGCUAUGGCACUCCUCUCCCGAGCGGCGCUACACCAGCCCCGGCUGUGUGGCAUACGCCACACCCAGCGGCCUCAGUGACCACCCGCCGCCGCCGCGGUCGGGGCGCGCGAUGCGUGGCUGGGUACACGAUGACUGCACCUCCUACCACACCGCCGUGUGCGAGCGGCUGAUGUGGAUUCCGGAGUACCUGGGGCAGGAUGUGCAGUUCCAGGGCUGCUGGUGGCACGUGGCCGCCUCCGACAUGGUGCUGCCCACCGUCAUCUCCAGCUUCUCUGCAGACAUGAACAUCGCGCGCUGCGCCAAGCUGGCAUCCGACGCUCGCUUCCCGCUGUUCGGCCUGCACCGCGGCGGCGAGUGCUGGGGCGGCACCGGCACCGCCGCCUCCGUCACCGCCGGCCGCGCGCCCGCGCAGUGCAACAUCCCCUGCCCGCUGCAGGACGAGGGCGAGACGCAGCCGUGCGGCGGCCUCACAGGCCUGCUGCUGUUCUCGCAGAGCCUGGGCCCAUACAACAUGGCGCAGGGGCGGCCGGCCUACGCCAGCUCGGUCACACGGCCGGGCGGCUCCGCCGGGUGGGGCUAUGCGCAGGGCACGGCGCUGCUGACAGACGGGCGGCCAAUGGCCAACGAGACCCUCUCCAUCAACAUGUGCAUCACCACAGCCAAGCAGGCUCGGCCCUGGCUGGGCGUGCUGCUGCCCGCCCUGUCUGACGUCAGCGCCGUGCGGGUGCUGGCGCCGCCCGCCGACUGCUACCUCACCAACGCCGCCGAAGUCAACGCCGCCGACCCGUCACUGGGCCCCGGCAACUGCACCUCCAGCGGCCUGGCCGACUUCGAAGUGCGCAUCGGCUACUACGACCUGCUGCAGACGCCCUUCCCCGACUGGGCGAGCACCGUGCUGUGCGACACCUUCACCGGCGUCGCUGCACCCGGCACCUGGGUCACCCUCAACUGCACCACGCCGCAGCUGGGGCGCUCCGUGAUCGUGACGCGCCGCGCCGGCUUCACGCAGCCGCUGGGCCUGGCGCUGUGCGAGAUCCAGGCGAUCGGCCAGCCCAACCUCAGCUUCGGCGCGCCGCCGCCCUCGCCCGCGCCCUCGAACAUGGGCUGCUUCCCUAUUUCUGAUGCGGUCCGCGGCUGCACGAGCGCGGGCCCGGGCAGCGAUGUCGGCAACCCCUGCACGCUCGCCUACGACCACAACGCAACCACAUACUGGAGCCGAUCAGCAAGUGGCCCGGGUCAGGAGCUCCGUUUGGACCUCAAGACCGCCUAUUCGGUGUGCUCCAUCGCGGUCGACUGGUGGUGCGGUGCGCCUGGCAACACGCCCUGCAACAUGACCAUUGCCACGUCGCUGAAUAGCUCGUUCGUGAAGCCGUACGGGCACUUCUCCGCGACGUCGUCCCGGAUGACCCACACCGUAUGGCCAUCGACUGACGCCAUGCAAGUCAAGAUCGUUAUCGACGCGAAUGGCGGCGUGCUCGCCGGCGUUUAUGAGGUUACGCUUAUGCUCAGGGAGGCUGCAGGGUACUACAACAUCAUCCCCACCAUCCCCGCCGGCAACCGCUUCGUCUCCAGCGUCAAGGACAGCAACCCCGCUACCUACGGCGACGCAAAGGCCGUGGAUGGCAUCUGGACGGCCUCACUGCCCACCGGAUUCUGUUGGUCUUCCGCGGCGGUGGCGGCCGAGCCGUCGUGGAUUAGCUUUGGCAUGGGCGGCGGCGCCGUGUUCGCUGGCGUGCAGUUCCUGCUGCCGGACGACAUCACACCCUUUUCGGGGACCUUCAAUUUGCGCACCGGCUGGACGGGCGUGUCAAGCACCACCUACCUGACCUACAACUCCAUCACCACCACCGUUUCGGACACCUUCUACCCGGGCCAGGUGGUGGACAUCCCCUGCAGCUGGGCCGGCUCCUUCGGCGUGCUGUCACUCGAGCUCCAGACCACCAACACGGAGCUGCAGAUUUGCGAGCUCGCGCUCAUUGGCCGGGCCCAGGUCUACCCGCCCCCAUCGCCGCCGCCCCUGCCGCCCGGCAGCGGCGGAGGCUUUGGCAACUAUGCGCUCAACGCGCCCGUGUUCGCUUCGUCGGUUGUGCGCAAGGGCUUCGACAGUGCCUUCAGCCCCGCCCCGUUUCAGCGCAUACUGACGGACGGUCGUCCCAUGUUGAACGACACACUGACCUCGGGAUUCUGCGUCACCACGGCCAAGAUGCGCCAACCCUGGUUCGGCAUUGCGCUGCCCACACUGCUGGACGUGAGCAGUGUGACUCUGCAGGCGCCGCCCGACUGCUGGUUCUACGACGUGUGGAACACCAACUCGCUGGCGACGCCGGCGCCCUCGGGCUCCUGCAGCUCCGUGGGGCUACACGACCUGGAGGUACGGGUGGCCCACAGCGAGCUGGACCUCGGCACCCCCUUCGCCGACCUCUUCAGCACCUCCGUCUCGUGCGGCAGCUACACCGGCGCCGCCGCGCCCGGAGCCCUGGUCACGAUUAACUGCACGACAGUCGUCACCGGCCGGACCGUGAUAAUCGUUCGCCUGAACGGAGCGGCGCCAGCGGGCCUGGCGCUGUGUGAGGUGCAGGUAAUGGGCAGCCCGCCCGCCCCCGGGCCCCCGCCGCCGCCUUCGCCGGCGUACAACCCCAUGUGUGCCGUUAGCAACUACCUCAUCAACAGCUGCAACAGCCAGGGCCCUGGCGUGACCGGCAACUGCAGCGCAGCCUACGAUGGCAACGGCGGCACAUACUGGUCGCGUUUGUCGGACCAGGCUGACCAGCAGCUUUCUCUCAACCUGCACACCGUGUUGCGCGUCUGCCAGAUCCAAGUGGAUUGGUCUUGCAGCAUGGCGGCCUCAUGCAACAUGUCCGUGUCGGCUGGGCUGCUCACCUCAUCCAUACUGGUCUUUAACACGACCGCCGCCUCCGCGUCGCCGUACACGGUGUACAUGUACCCCAACGCUGACGCCAACCACCUGAUCUUCCGGGUGGAUGGCCUAAGCGCCGGCGCUUACACCUACAUCUAUGAAGUGCGCGUCUUCCUGGCAGAAGCAAAAGGUGCCUACAACUUCAUUUCGCUGGCGUACCCGCCCGGCAGCCUGCUGGUCGCGUCCAGUCAGAAGAACAACGACCCCAUCUACACCCCAGCCAACCUGGUCGACAACGUGUGGAAUGCGGGCCUGAGCAGCGGCUGGUGCUGGGCUUCGGACAGCACCUCCAGCGACGCCCCCUGGCUGGCCUUCAACCUGCCCGCCCAGCACACGCUGCGUGGCGUGCAGCUACUGCUGCCGGACUACAUCACGGCCUACAACGCCGACAUCACGGUGCGCGCUGGUAACAGCACCGUCAACACCACCGCCGGGCUGUCCGCCAACCCCACAUGCUACGUGGACGCGCGCAGCGGCGGCAGCACGUGGACGUCGGCCGAGGUGGUGACGCUGUAUUGCAACUCGCCCUCCGCGCGUGUCAUCACACUCCAGGCCAACCUGCCGUACUGGGAGUGGGACCUGUGCGACGUGGCGCUGUGGGGCCGGCAGCUGCUGCAGGGACCGGGACCGUCGCCCGGCGGCGGUGGCAGCUAUGCUGAACAGCCCUUCCCCACCGGCUACCCCAGCUUCCCGCCCAGCGGCAUGCACAAGCGCGUUGCCAGCUAUGAGCCGGACCUCGCGGGGGCCAUGUCCUCGCCGGCAAUGGUCCAGUGCCCGGGCGCCGCGCCGGAUCUACUCACUGCCGUGCGCAUAAAGAAGACCAGCAGCGGGCCCUGGGUGCAGGCGGUGCAGCUGGUGAGCUGCGGCAGCAACGCCACUGUGAACAGCGGCCUGAACGACGGCGGCGUCACGGGCUGGGAGGUCGACGACGCCUGCGCUUCGGGCUACGACCAGCUGAGGGGCUACGAGCGCAACAGCACGAGCGACCCGCUGUGGGGCGUGUGGGGCCUGUCCUUCCACUGCAGCGGCAGCGGCGUGUGGACGACGCCCGUCGGCUCGGGCCCUGGUGGCUACACCGGGCGACUGGUGACCCUGCAGUGCCCGCGCGACUGGCGGAUGAGCGGGCUGGUGCUGUGGGGCAACACCUCCCAGGUGGGGGUGGUGGCGCCCUUCUGCACGCCUGCCUCGGGCGUUCCAUACGACCCGCUGGCGACCUGCCCCUUCAUCAAGGGUGGCACACUGCUCCCCGGGUACGUGUCGCCCAACCCCAUCACCGCCGACCUGGGCACAAGCAUCGCUGCCAACACGGCCGUCAGCACGGUUAUCAGCAUGUGCCAGGCCACUGCCAGCUGCGCAGCAGCCGUGCUGUCGCCCACGGGCGCCGGCGCAAGCGGCGACAACUACAACGCCGUGCUCACCAACGUGCCGCUGUCCGACCUGCAAUCCCCCGGCUACCUGGACGGACUCACGGGCUGCACCGGCACCGUCAUGCUCAACCCCAAAGGUCGGCCGUCCUGGUACUGCAUGGCUGGCUUCACGCCGCCGCCGCGUUACGUCACCGCGUACAGCCCCAUCACCGUCACCGGCGCGGAGGAGUGCGCCUGGCAGGCGGCUGCAUACGUCGUCGACGCAUUCCUUACCAGUGCCUCGGGCACGCAGUGCACCAUGCUCUCCUACUCCGACACUGUGGCUGCCUCCGACACGGGCGGCGUGGCCGUGAACUCGUCCGCCAAUGCCGGCGCCUUCUGCUGGCGGCAGUCGGCGCCCUGGAACUGUACCGACGUGGGGAACGUGCCCGGCAACGGCUACGACAGCUUCCAGGCCGCGACACCAGAGGUAUGCAAGUGGGCAUGUGACAAGGACUUCAGCUGCACCCACUUCUUCUACAACGCCACCGACUUCGGCUGCUACCUGCGCACCCUGGCGCCGUCGGCCACCAGCGGCACCAGCCAAUACGCCAGCGGCCCUGGCCAGCAGCGCGCUUGCAUGAAGACCCCCUACCACAGUGACUACUCAUACGGCAACCCCCCGGCCUCCUACGGGUCAAUGUGCUGGGUUGGCGUGCACCUGGGCAAUUCGGUGCCCAGCUGGUCCAGUCCCUACGGCAACGCACUGAGCGCAACGGAGUGUGCCAAGUUCUGCAAGCAGUACGGAUGCGGGCACUGGAGGCUGCACAACGACGGCAAGUGUGACGUGUACUCACCCAACACCUAUCUGGGCUUGUACGGCACGUCUGACAUGUACGGCCCUGACGUGGACACGGCCAUGAGCUGCCUCGCCACGGUUCGUGCCGAGUACGAGUGCCUGCCUGCCGGCUUCACCGUGCAGUACUCGCUGGCCAGCUCCGUGACCACCAACGUCAGCCGGGACGCGUGCGCCGACGCCUGCAGCGGAUCCAGCAGCACCUGCACCGGCUUCACGAUGAUUGACACGGGCAGCGGGUUCACCUGUGACCUGCACGCCCGCUCCUUCGUGGGCGCCUACGGCGUAAACACAUACGACCCCAGCGCCGGCGCAGUCUCUGUUUGCCUACGCACCUUUGCCGCGCGCGCGCUGCGGCUCGCCAACGCCACCGCUGGCGGCGGCUACAGUCCCUCCCCCAGCUACUCUCCUGGCUUCUCGCCCACCCCCACCCCCAGUGGGGCUGCGGCCUCGGUACUGAUGGUGUCGCUGCCGCGCGGCUACCCCGGCACCGGCUGGGCCACUGGCGUGGCCAGCCCCUCCUACGCAAACAUGGACUGCAUCACCGGCUACGCUACGUCCGUCACGUUGGGCGGCCUCAGCAGCCCCUACCUGUCCUACAUGUCUCUGGACAGCUGCAGCGGCGGCGGCUCGCGCACGGGCGCCAGCUACGUGGGAAACAUCACUGUGAUGUCCGUGGGCGACCAGGCGAGCUUCAGCUGCCCGAACGGCUUCUCCGCCAUCGCGGCCAUCCAGAGUGACCCGCCCAGCCUGGCAGCGCUCUCGCCGUUCGAGUUCCGGCUGUGGUGCACCGACGGCAGCGGCGGACAGUGGACGGCACCGGGAAUCGGCAGCGGGCCGGGCGCAACCAACUUCAAGGAUACCGUGGUGACCUGCCCCAUUGGCGCGGUCAUCAGCGGCUUCAAGGUGCACUACACCUCAAGUGUGGUGGCGCGUGUAGUGAUCGAGUGCAAGCCGCGCGCCGGCGGCAGCACCUGGAUCGACCCCCGCGGCCAGUGCCCCUGGCCUGCCGGCUACGACUUCCUGCCCACCUACUUUGACUCGACCGUCGCCACAUUGUUCACAUACACCAACGCCAACGCCACCGGCGGCAUCACCGGCAUCCGGGCAGCUGUGCCCGACUGCGAGUCCCAGGCGGCGUGCGUGGCCAUCGCUCACAAGGUGUUGAACGAGGACGCGGCGGACGUUGAGUCGCGGCUUCAAGCCGACACCGGCGCUGCCGCCGGGCUGGACAUGUGGCAGGGCGCCGCUGUGGGGCAGCCGGUCAUGCCGCACUGCGACGGGUCGUUUUGGAAGACACCAAGAUUUCCCCGCCAGUACUUCUGCGUGCACCGCAUGCAGCUGUCGGGCACCGUGCUCACCACCAGCAACUCCGCCAGCCUGCCGCACUCGUGCUCCCAGCUGUGCGACGCCACCUCCUCCUGCCGGGGCUGGUACCUGGAUGAAGCCUUCACCACCUGCACCCUGUUCGACACGCCGUUCGUGUCCAACGCCGCCUACAGCGUCGUCACCAAUACCGCCGGCCUGGGCAUGUCUUGCUGGUUGGCGAACGACCCCUGGUACUGCCUGCCGCCUGGCUUGGCCACGGCGGGCAACGCCGACUCCAUGGCUGGGCUGUUCGCCAUCCCGGAGAAGCGAGCGUCGCCCGACGAGUGCCGCGCGGACUGCGAUGCCAACCCCGCCUGCUCGCACUUCGUCUUCUCCGGCGCCUACAACGGCCAGUUCAACUGCUACCUGCGCGGCGCAGCCUUCACCGGCCCCACCAGCGAGUUCGCGAACGGGCCCUCCCCCGACGCCCAUCGCACCUGCUUCAAGACGCUCAUGCAUCGGCAGCUGAGUGCCUCGUACAUCAACAACUACGCACUCACGCACGCCCAGCUGUGCUUUCCCGGCAUCCGUUUCGGCCCCACGGGAGCGUGGCGCUUGCUAGGCGACGUAUGGGACAGCGCCUCCUGUUCAGCCUACUGCCACAGCCAGCCCGGCUGCGCUUGGUGGGAGAUCAAGAUUGACGGCAGCUGCAUGCUGCAUGACGACUGGGGCUGGUUCCAGAACGGCGCGUUCGGCCCGGACUCGAGCGUGGUCAUGUCCUGCUUGUCAGCCGUCACGGGGACGUUCGUGUGCCUGCCCAGCGGUGCCACCUUCUCCUUCAACCUGGUCACCAGCCUCACAAACGUGUUCAGCACCACAGACUGCGCCAACUCCUGCAAGAGCUCGAGCACCUGCAGCGCCUACCACUACGACAGCGUCAACAACGUGUGCGAGCUGGGGGACCAGCCCUUCACCGGCGCCACAGGCGUCAGCGCCCCCACAGGAGGCGUAGCCGGCGACGGCUUCUGCUUGCGCACCCUCAACUACGGCGCCCUGUUCUCGGCUGGCCCGCCGGCGAUCCCGCAGUCGCCGCCGCCGCCGCUCUCGCCGGCAGCGGCCUCAGCCGGCUUCCAGAUGGCGCCCAUACCGCUCCGCUACACGCCGUCCAGCUAUUUGGCGUAUCUGGCCGGUGGCAUGUCCGUCUCUUGUGUCAGCCCCGCCGCAAUCAACACUAUCACGCUAGACGAUGCGGGCGACAUCUUCCUCACCCACCUCAACGCCAUCAACUGCACCGACGACACCGCCCCCUCCGGCGGCGGCUUCGGCAGCCCCGGCGGCAGCGCCAGCACCUUCAGCUGCCCCGACGGCUUUGACGCGGUGCGCGGCGAAGAGGCCUACAAGCCGCCCGGCGGCUCUCCUGCGAUCGCACACCCUCUUGUGCAGGUGUCCUUCCGCUGCUCCACCACAGGCGUGUGGACGUCUCCGGGCCGCGGCAGCGGCAGCGGUCUGGCGGGCGGAAACCGCACACUGACGGUGAUCACCUGCCCCGCCACCACCGCCAUCACGUCCAUUCAGCUGUCUGGGGAUUCCACCUACAUCGGCGUGGUCAGCAUCGUGUGUGGCGCCGCCGCCGCGCCUCCCUCGGGCACGGACGACUGCCCCGCCGUCAACGGCUUCUACUCGCUGCCCGGAUACACUGCCGCCGGCGCCACCAACGUCGGGAGCGUCAACACUGGCGCCAACGCCGAGCUGGCGUUCCAGGACUGCGUGACAUCCGGCAGCUGCAACGCCGUGGCGUGGGGCUUCUCCGGCGGCAGCGCCUUCGGACAGGGGCUCAGUGCGGACCUGGCGGCGCUGCAAGGCGUGCUGCCGGGUGACGGUGGUGGCUACUGCGACGGCACGUUCGCUGAGGCCCCGCCUUUGCCACCGCAGUACUACUGCGCACGCGGCAGCGUGCUCACGUCGGGCUCCAGCGGGCUGCCGGUGGCCACCGCGAGCAGCGUGGCCGAGUGCGCGUAUGAGUGCUCCAGCUUCGGCUGCACAGGCUUCGUGUUCGACUUUGCGGAGGCGACGCCCUGCAACCUGUUCUCCUCGGUAUUCACGGUGGCCGACACGUUCACGGUCUCCACGAGCACGGACAUCAUCGGCUGCUGGCCUGACGCCGCCGCGCCCUGGUACUGCCUGCCCAGUGGCCUGCAGUUCACCGCCAGCAGCCCCAUCGCGCCCGUGUACCGCCGGGCCACGCCGGAGCAGUGUCGCUACGACUGCGACAGCUAUCCCUCCUGCUUCUACUACCGCUACGACCCCGUCACCUUCGAAUGCGGCCUGUACGCGGAGAUACUCUACCCGGGCGCCGGCGUCGUGGCGGGCACGAACCCCGUGCGCACGUGCUUCAAGACGCCGCAGCACCCCGACCUGUCCGCCUCAGGCCUAGGCCGCGCGCAGGGCUCGCUGUGCUUCCCCGGCGUGGACCUGGGCGGCGUCAAGUCAAACACCCUGCCAGGCUACUUCAAUCCCACCUCCUGCGCUGUGCAGUGCGCAAUGUACGGCUGCGGCCACUGGAGCCUGCGCACCGACUCGACAUGCGAGCUCUUCGCGCCCUACACGUACUUAGGGAUGGGCGCCGGCGCUGCCAUCCCCUACGGCGUGGACAACACCACAGUCAUGAGCUGCCUCGCGCGCGUGACCGGCAGCUUCGAGUGCCUCGCGCCCAACCGCACCAUCGCGUAUGAAUCGGCCGGCGCCGUAACGGCCGCGACCCUGGCGGACUGUGGGGCCUCGUGCUACAGCUCCGGCAGCUGCAUUGGCUUCACCUACACCACAGCCGCCACCAGCAACUGUUUCCUGAUGGCAGACAAGCUGUUCUUCGGCACGUCGGGGAGCAACGGCCUGGCAAGCGGCACCGACGACGUGACGACGUGCCUGCGUACCACCAUGGUGCGACAGCUGUUCGGUGACCCGCCGCCGGUGGCGUCCCCGCCGCCGCCAGAGUUUCCGCCGAGCACUCCGAUGCCGCCCACCGGUGGCGGUAUGACGUAUCCGCCGCCGCCAGGCAUCAGCGCGUUCACUGUGGAGAUGGCAGCCAUCCCCAUCCGCUACACGCCCGUAGGCGCCUGGACGACUACCCACAGCUACUACUGUAACGAUGACGCCACCAUGAACGGCGUCACGGUGGAUGACGCUGGCGGCGACUACCUCACGCACCUGGCGGUUACCAGCUGCACCAAUGCCCUGGGCCCCUACUUGGGCGGCGCCGGCGCCUUUGGCAGCGCCUCCGGAUCCGCAACCGCCUUCAGCUGCACGGACGGCUUCGACGCGGUGCGCGCCGAAGAGGCGUACACGCCCCCCGGCGGCUCGCCCGCCACCCCGCACCCGCCCGUCUACGUCGCCUUGCGCUGCUCCACCACGGGCCUGUGGACCUCGCCGCCCUACGGCAGCGGCAGCGGGCUGAGCAACAACCGCACGCUCACGACCGUCACCUGCCCCGCCACCACCGCCAUCCAGACGCUGGAUUUCGCCUCCAACGGCGGCUACAUCACCAUCCUGCGGAUCACGUGCGCCUCCGCCACGGCGCCCACAGCCUCCGACACCAUGGACGCCUGCCCCGCGGUCUCAGGCUUCAGCCUGCUGCCAGGCUACACCGACCCGGCUGCCACCAACACCAGCACCUACACCACCUUCAAGAUGGAUGCCUUCUCCGACUGCAACGUGGACAGCACCUGCACCGCUGUGGCGUGGGGCCAGAACGGCGGCGGCUUGUUUUCAGAGACGCAGAUUGCGGACCUUGUUUCGCUGCAGGGCGUACGCGCCGGCGACGGCGGCGGCUCCUGCUUGGGCACGUUCGUGGAGGUACCGCAGGCGCCUCCGCAGUACUACUGCGCGCCCGGCAUCUUCGUGGGCGUGGUGCCUGGCGCCAUGGCGUCAAUGCCGGCAGCCACCGCGGCGCACUGCGCGUAUGAGUGCGAGGCCGCGGGCAACUGCAAGGGCUUCGUGGUGGAUGUGUCGGCCGGCACCGGGUGCGACCUAUGGGGCAUGGAGCCGCUGCCCAGCGAGUACCCAUUCACGGUGUCUUCCAGUACGACCGUGAUCGGCUGCUGGCCGCAGGCCAAUGCGCCCUACUUCUGCCUGCCCGACGGCGUGUCGUUCUCGGGCGUGUCCGUCUCCACGCCCAUCAAUCGCGCCACGCCAGAGCAGUGCCGCUUUGACUGCGACCAGGCCCCCGGCUGCUACGCCUACAGCUUCGACCCGGUCACCUUCAGCUGCGCGCUCUUUGCGGACCUGCUGGCCGUCGCCACCUCCGUCAUUGCGACGGCCAACCCCGUGCGCACGUGCUUCAAGACGCCGCAGCACCCCGACCUGUCCGCCUCAGGCCUAGGCCGCGCGCAGGGCUCGCUGUGCUUCCCCGGCGUGGACCUGGGAGGGUUGAAGACGGACACAGUGACUUCCAUCGCCACGCCAACCGCCUGUGCAAAGCUGUGUGCAGACUACGGCUGCGGCCACUGGCGCCUGCGCACCGAUGGCGCGUGCGAGCUCUUCGCGCCCUACACGUAUCUGGGAAUGGGCGCCGGCGCUGGCAUCCCCUACGGCGUGGACAACACCACAGCCAUGAGCUGCCUCGCGCGCGUGACCGGCAGCUUCGAGUGCCUCGCGCCCAACCGCACCAUCGCGUAUGAAUCGGCCGGCGCCGUAACGGCCGCGACCCUGGCGGACUGUGGGGCCUCGUGCUACAGCUCCGGCAGCUGCAUUGGCUUCACCUACACCACAGCCGCCACCAGCAACUGUUUCUUGAUGGCUGACAAGCUGUUCUUCGGCACGUCGGGGAGCAACGGCCUGGCAAGCGGCACCGACGACGUGACGACGUGCCUGCGUACCACCAUGGUGCGACAGCUGUUCGGUGACCCGCCGCCGGCAUCCCCGCCGCCGCCCAGCCCGGACCCGCCUAGCCCAGAGCCUCCGUCUCCGGCGCCUACUGCUCCUCCGCCCAGCCCAGAGCCUCCCAGCCCGGAGCCACCGACUCCCGCACCGCCAAGUCCCACACCGCCGAGCCCGGUGCCGCCAAGUCCAGCUCCGCCCAGCCCGGCACCCGACGCGCCGCCGCCUUCGCCAGAGCCCCCGAGCCCGGAGCCGCCUAGCCCGGAGCCACCCAGCCCAGCACCUAUGGCUCCGUCACCUCCCAGCCCGGACCCGCCUUCACCGGCUCCCCCUUCUCCAGAUCCUCCAUCGCCGGCUCCCCCCAGCCCCGCUCCGCCCUCACCAUUGCCUCCGGCACCCUUCCCACCGAGCCCCGCUCCUCCGAGCCCGGAGCCCCCAAGCCCGGAGCCGCCAAGCCCAGAGCCACCUAGCCCAGCGCCCUUGGCUCCGUCACCGCCCUCUCCGGAUCCGCCCUCGCCUGCGCCUCCGUCUCCAGCGCCUCCCUCGCCAUUUCCCCCGGCACCCUUCCCACCAAGCCCCGCUCCGCCGAGCCCGGAGCCCCCAAGCCCGGAGCCGCCAAGCCCAGAGCCACCCAGCCCAGCGCCCUUGGCUCCGUCACCGCCCUCUCCGGAUCCGCCCUCGCCUGCGCCUCCCUCGCCAGCACCUCCCUCGCCACUUCCCCCUGCUCCCUUCCCACCAAGCCCCAACCCGCCCAGUCCCGCGCCCCCCAGCCCCGAGCCACCCAAUCCCGCGCCUCCGAGUCCGGCACCCUUGGCUCCCUCGCCUCCUAGUCCGGAUCCGCCGUCUCCAGCACCGCCAUCACCCGAGCCGCCCUCACCAGCACCGCCUGCGCCCCUCCCUCCUAGCCCCGCUCCGCCGUCACCAGACCCGCCUAGCCCGGCGCCGCCAAGCCCUGCACCACCCAGCCCAGCACCAAACGCGCCAUCCCCACCCAGCCCUGAGCCUCCGAGCCCUGACCCGCCCAGUCCGGAUCCUCCAAGCCCCCCACCACCAUCCCCACCCGCUCCCUCGCCGCCGCCUCCAAGCCCGGAGCCGCCAAGCCCAGAGCCGCCUGCGCCGUCUCCUCCAAGCCCGAAUCCGCCCUCACCUGCGCCGCCCAGUCCCCCGCCGUCUCCGCUGUCUCCACCCGCCCCCACGCCACCUUUCCCAGAACCCCCACGGCCGACGUCGCCAUCACCCGCGCCGCCAUCACCGCCGCCGCCUUCACCAGGGCCGCCGCCAGCACCGUUUCCGCCCCCCAUGCCACCAUCCCCACCUCCGUCGCCGCCGGCUCCACCGCCCGUCCCUCCUCCAUCCCCGCCCAGCCCUCCGCCCAACCCUCUUCCGCCCUCUCCUGGUCCGCCUGCGCCUGCACCUCCCUCACCUGCUCCGCCGGCACCGCCUGCGCCCUUGCCUCCAUCCCCACAACCGCCGUCGCCGGUGCCGCCCAGCCCGCCGCCACCCAUGCCUCCCCCAAGCCCGGCGCCACCCUUCCCCAGCCCCGCGCCGCCGCCUCCACUCGUGUUCCUGGACUCCCUGAGCCCGUCGCCGCCGCCGCCCAUUAUCCUGGUGGCGGAGCUGUCCCUGGAGGCCAGCCGGCCGCCCAGCCCCAUGCCCGUGCCGGACACGGAGCCGCCCGCGCUGUCGCUCAUGGGCUCAGACUCCCUGGAGCUUGAAGUGUUCGUCGACGCGUAUGUUGAGCGCGGCGCCACCGCCCUAGACACCUACAACGGCCAGACCUACAACGUGCGGGUGGUGGUUGAGUCCAGCAACGUCAACAUGAGCGCAGCCUCGCCGCCGGGGGCGCCCUACCAGGUCAUCUACGCCGCCACCGAUGCCGCCAACAACACGGCGCGCGCGGUGCGGCGGGUGGUGGUGGUGGACAGCUGCGCCGACGCGGGCGAGUUCCGCUGCGCCGCCACCAAGGCCUGCUCCGUGUUCAAAUCCUGCACGGCGGGCCUAGGGGGAGCCGGCAGCAACAGCACCAACUCCAACACGACGUCGGUGCAAAAGGUGUUGGAGCGACCGCCGGACACCAUCGCUCCGGUCAUCACGGUGCUGGGCGACGGCAUCCGCUACUUCACCGCAUCAGGCGUGCAGGGCAUGAUUUCCGUGGCCUACGUCACGGCCGGUGGCGCCUUCACCGACCCAGGGGCCAGCGCCACAGACGAGGUGCCCUCGGCCGGCGGCGCGCCCUCCACCACCAUGUCCGUGCCGGUGUACAACUACAUCAUGGAUCCCACCGGAGAGGACGUGUCGGUCAUUCCGUUGGACAGCCCCACCGGCAACGACACCGAGAGCGCGGUGCCGUACCUGAUCACCUACACAGCCAGGGACUUUUACAUGAACGAGGCGGCGCUGGUGCGGCGGCGCGUGUACGUGCUGUGCAGGCCGCCCGAGUUCGCCUGCCCCGCUUACGACCCCGAAGACCCGCUGACCUGCAGCAGCUCGCGCAUCUGCGGCGUGGCCAUGGGCGGCAGCGACGGCGCCGGCGUCAUGUUCUCUACAGAUUCAACGUUGUCGUCGAACGGCGGCGACGCCACCAACACCACAUCAGCCUCGGGCACAACCACAACCACCACGAGCUCAAGCAGCAGCGGCACCAACGAGACGCUCACGCGCUUGGUGCCGCGCUUCAAACUCAACAUGGAUCCGGUGAUCAGCAUCAGCCAGGGCGCCAUGUACGGCCCCUGCACGGGCGGCAUGGCCGGCACGUGCGAGCCCGGCGCCACGGCGUCGCUGGUGACCACAGGCGACCUGAGUGGCCAGCUGCGCGCAUGCGCCACGGGCGUGCGCAACCCGCAGCCGUACGACGCCGUCGGGCUGCAGUACUGCGGCGUUGACACGCGCGUGCCCGGCAACUAUACCAUCUCGUUCCACCUCACCUGGCCGUCCGUCGGAGAGUUGAUUGUGUACAGGACGCUGGUGGUGGAGGAGCAGUGCGUAGGCGAGCGCACCUGCUCUGACGGCCGCUGUUCCGUGGACGGCACCUGCGCCAAUGAGAUGACCGUCACGGCUGCCAGCAGCAGUAACAAUAACAGUAGCAGCAACAUUGGAAGCAGUGGAAGCAGCAGCAACUCGAACAGCCCAAGUCUUAGCAGUAGCACCAGCACCGCGACCAUCAAUGCCGCACCCAAGCUCACCCUCAACAUGUCUGACAUUGUCGGCAUGCGGGUGAACGUCAAACGCGGCACGGCCUACCAGCGCUGCACGCCCGGUCAGGCGCCCACAGCCGACCGGCCGUGUGAGACGCUGGGCAGCGCCAGUGACACCGAGGACGGAGACCUCACCAGCGCGAUCGCGCUGUGCCCGCCGUCCGACUGCGGCAAGGUGCAGUGCCGCAGCCACUGGGCGGACCGCAAGGCGCCGUCCGAGUGCGGCAUCGACACCGUGUCUGCGCCCAUCGGCACCAGCUACCGCCUGGUGAUCGCCGUGUUCGACAGCCGCGGCGCCAACGCCACCGCAGAGCGCACCAUCGCCGUGGUCAGCCCCUGCAACGCCACGCAGGACUACUGCGAGGAGGCCGUGCCCGGCUCCGCCGCCGGCGCCACGCGCUGGGUUUGCAGCGACGUGAGCUGCGCCGAGCGCAGCCGCCUCGCCACGCUGGCCGCGGCGGCCGGCAACGGCAGCGCGUCUGGUGUGCUGUCGCCGCGGCUGUUCCUGCUGCCCGGCUACCAGACCACCAACCUGUCUCUGGCGGAGGCGGACCAGGCCGUGUUCCUGGCGUACCGGACGCCCGCGCCCUUCAGCCUGGCGCCAUGCGCCGCCUUUGCGGACGGCGCGCCGCCUGCGCCGCCCACCUGCGCCGCCAUCGCCAACGACACGCUGAACGGCGACCUGACGGCGGCGAUCACGACCGUGGUGGUGCCGCGCUGCGCCGCCAACACCAGCGUGGAGGAGGGCACCUGCACCGGCUGCUCCGUGGCCGCGCUGACCACCGGCACGUGUCUGCCCGGCCGCUACAGCAUCACCUACACAGUGGCCGCCACGGAUGGUAACGGCGGCAGCGCCAGCGCCAGCCGCCGCCUGGAUGUGGCGGUGGAGCAGCUUACCACCACCAUCAUCGAGCUCAACCUCUUCCCCAACCGCACUGCCGGCGGCUCCACAAACGUGACCGUGGCGGAGGCGUUUGCGGCCAGCCUGCUCAGCAACUCCACCGCUAGGGCGGCCCUGCUGGCGCCGGUGAUGCAGGUGUUUGGCAUCACGCCCUCAACCAUCCGCAACCUGUUCUACAUCACACCGCCCACCGUGGUGCCAGUGUACCCCUCCGGCGCGACUGCCGCCAACGGCACGGCUGGGAACAACACCGCAGCAGUGAACGGCACCGCUGCGGGUAAUACCACAGCUCCUGGCAAUGCCACGGCUGCUGGCAACACCACGGCAGCGCUCGCGCUCACUAACACGACCGUGACUCCGAGCUACUACGUCGUUCGUAUGGUGCUCAACAUCACCACCGGCUCGGCGGACGCAGCGGGCAUGUCCGCAUUCUCCGGCAUGGUGCAGGCGGGCGGCCUGGGCCGCCGUCGCCGUGCGCUAUCCCUCCCCAGCAGUCUUCCAGAUCUGCCGCGCGCCGAAGGUGUGUCUGCGGCCCAAACUGCAAGCAGCCAGCGCGCCAAGCUGCGGCUUAAGCCUGUGGGUCCGGAGCAGGACGACGUAAUUUACUUGGCGGAUGCCAGCGCUAACAGCACCAACAGCGCCAGUGACAGCAGCAGUGGCGCUACAAGCCAGUCCGCGACGGGUGAGCCGUUGGGCGCACCAGAGCCGGUGAGCGUGCGCGAGAUGGUCUUGCACUCCAUCCUUACUGGCCUGUUGGGCGGCGUCCGUCCAGACCAGCUGGUUCAUGCCUACGAAGCCCGCGGCAGCAGCAGUGGGGGCGGAAGCCGGCGGCGCUCAGCGCUGAGCGUGGCCGCUCUUCGCAGCAGCAGCACCGGUGGCGGUGCCAGCAGUGGCGGGCUGCCGCUCGUGAUGUCGGCGCUGGGUGACGUGCGCGCACAGCUGGACAUGGCGGCCGGGUUGGUGCACCUGGAUGUUGUGGAGCAGCGGCAGCCGGCGGCGGCAGCCGCAGCAGGCGACCGGCGCCGUGCGCUCGCGGAGGUGCCUCAGCUGCGCUUCGCCCUGGGCGACGACCAGGACCAAUGGGACGAGUCGGAGCUGGAGGAGGAGGAGGACAUGGAUGCCCCGGACGAGGGCGAGGGCGCUGUCCCAAACCUGCGUCGCUUCCUCUCCAUCGCCACGCGCACUACCAGCGGCAACAGCGGCGGCAGCGGCCACGUGGACGGCUACGGCUCGCUGUCCGCCGUGCGGGGAGUGGUGCGCCGCGUGCUGCAGACCUCCAGCUGCGGCACCGCCGCCACCGCGCCCAACGCCUCCUCGACCUCCGCCGCCUCUGUCGGCCUGGCCUCGGUGGGCGGCGUCAGCAGCGCCUGCGCCAGCCCGGCGGUGGACGCCACGGGGGUGGCGCUGGGCGUGCUGGCUGGCGCGGUGUCGGAUUUGGACCGUCUGGGCAAGCAGAUGGCGGACCAGCAGAGCAACAUGGUGGCGCUGCUGGGCACACUGGACGACAAGUUCUCAGCAAAGGACGAGGUGUACCGCACCUCCAUCGCGCUGCUGGCGUCCGAGGCCGACGUCGCCUUCAACACCACCGCCGCCAAGGCGCAGCGGCUGUUGGAGCUGGUGGAGCAGACGCUGGCGCAACAGAACGCCAACGCCGACGCGCUCGUGGCCACCCUCAACCUGCUGCAGUCCACGCUGAACGAGGCGGAGGCCGCCACUAGCCGCGCCGUGGUCACCGCCGCGGCCAUCCUGGAGGGCUACGGCGCCAACGGCCCCGCCGCCUGGCUGUCCACCGAGGACGACCUGUCCACCUACAGCGCCUGCCUCUACAGCCGCGGUGCCUCCCGCGCCGUCGCCUUCCGCACCAGCUGGGCCCAGGCGGCCACGGGCAACGCCACAGCCUACUACAGCGCGGCGGCGAGCACACUGGCGUCAGCGACGGCGGCCGCAGCCGCCAAGGCGGCGGGCGCUGCAGCGGCGGCGGCAGCUGAGGCGGGCGCUCGCCGCCGCCGGGCCAUGGAGGCCGGUGCUGCGGGUGCGGGUUCGGUUGCGGAUGCUGGAGGCUGUGUGUGGCCGGCCUGGCUGCAGCUGCUGCCGGCGAGUCUGCAGCGCGGCAUUAUUACCUUCGCGCAGACGCUGGGGCCAUGGGUGUCGGAGGCCCUGGGUGUGCAGCACUGCGCUGCUGCCGGGUGUCUGGCGGGCGCCGAGUACGGCGUCCCCGUCACAGGCACAGCUGCGCAAGGCACCAGUGUGGCAGCAGCUGCCCAUGCGACUGGUCGCAACCCGCCCUCGCCUCCCGCCGCUGAGGCGCUGGCAGGCCCCGACGGCUCCGGCACCAGCACCUUUGACCUGCUCCUGCCCAAGUGGAACCGCCGCUACAGCCCCACCGCCUCGCACCUGCCCGACCCCGGCGAGGGCGCCCCCGCGCCUGCUGCUACAGCCACGGAGCGCCUGCUGCUGACGUCCUUGGGCGGCAGCAGCAGCGACAGCGGCGACGGCAGUGGCAGCGGCGACGGCAGUAGCACCGGCGCUGAUGACGCCUACUACGCCGACUUCAUGGGCUACAGCCUGCCCACGGGCGACGGCUACGACUACAGCCUGUGGGACGUGCGCAACAGCGACCGCGCGCGCCUGCUGGGCCUCAACAACCGCGUGCUGGUGGGGCUGCUGCUGCACCAGGUCCGGCGCAGUGAGGCGGAGGUGCGCGCCAGCAGUGGCGUGGACGGCGUGAUCUGCAAGUCCACCUCCUUUGACUCGCUGGUGGUGGGCUGCGACGCGGACAGCACCAACGACGACCGCUACCCCGCCAGCGGCACCCUGGGUGGCAUCGGCAAUGACCCUGUGUUCAACCGCCACUCCACUCUGUACGAGGCGGCCGCCUCCAUCUCCGACUACUACAACACGUCCACGAACUCCACCGACCUGCUGCCAACCGGCCUCCCCUACGGCUUCUUCCACGAGCCGCUGUCGGGCCUGCCCGCCGGCUACCCGUUGCUGCUGGACACGCAGCUGAGCGCGCAGCGGGCGGAGCAGGCCAUCACCUUCAUCCGGGACGGAAGCUACCUGUCAGCCACGCUCACCAAGAGCAUGCGCGCGCAGCUGGUGAGCUACAACCCGGACGCGCAGGUGUUCGGGUACUGGCGGCUGGACCUGACGUGGCUGGACAGCGGCGUCAUCCAGGCCAGCGCCAAGCUGCUGGGCCUGCCCGCCAUCAGCUACGGACAGUCCAUCAAGAACCUGCAGGUCAGCCAGUUCCUUCCCGACUUCUUCCUGGUGCUGCUGGUGAUCGGCUACUUUGUCAUGACCGCCAUCGACAUCUACCGCCAGCUGCAGAGCCAGAAGCGCCGCCGCCGCCUGCUAUGGCGCCGCGCAGCCAACCAGCUCAGCCGCGCCGUAGCCGCCGCCGGCUUCCGACGCCACACCGCCGUCGCGGCGGCGGCCGCGCAAGCCGGGAAAGGCGGUGUCGGUGGCAAUGCCUUUGCACCUGACCGGGCGCAGGGCGGCGACGGCGGGAGCGACAGCGACAGCGAAGGCGAGGAUGAUGACGGUGACGGCGACCCUCGCGGCAUCAAGGCGGCUCUGGGCAUCAAGAAGUACCGGCCCAAGAUGAGCGUCAAGUGGAUCUGCUACGAGGCGCUCAUCUGCGCACUCAUGGCGGCAUCCAUUGCGGUGUUCUACACCUAUGCGGUGCGGUUGUCCGUGCGCGACGACUUCACCGCCCGCUUCGACGUCUACGACGCCCUCACAUUUGCCCGCGCCCGCUACUUCCUACUCGCGCGCGACCCCGCCGCCGCCGAGGCCGCCGCGGCGGCCGCCGCAGCCGUUGCCGCCGGCCUCGCCUCCAACACCACUGCCGGCGUCACCAUGUCCACCGGCGGCACUGCCACCAGCGCCACCACCAGUGGUAGCAGCGGCUCCAACGCCACUGGCGCGGAGGCCGGCUCUGCCGGGCGCUGGAAGCUGCCGGCGGACAACGGGCCGCUGAGCGACGCGGGCGCCAUGUACGCGCGCGUGGACGACAUGUACAAUACCUUUGUGCUGUACGGCUUCCUGCAGGGCCUGGUGCUGGUGUUCAUCAUCGUGCGAUGGCUGCACUACAUCAGCUUCCAGCCGCGGCUGUCCAUCAUCCCCGGCACGCUGGCGCUGGCGCUGCCGGACCUGCUGCACUUCGCGGUGGUGGUGCUGACGUGUGUGGUCAUGUUUGCCAGCGCGGCGGCGCUCACCUACGGCCCCGGCGUGUCCCAGCUGUCCAGCCCCGGAAGCGCUGUGUACCUCAUGCUGCGAUACGUGCUGCUGAGGAACGACGACUUUGUCUUCAGGGACAUUGUGAGGUCCACUUCGGAGCGCACCGCGGCCGAGGACGCACUGGCCUGGCUGCUGUACCUCAUUGGCCCGCUGUUUUUUGUGUUCCUGCUCUCCAACUUCAUCAUGGCGUUCCUGGCCUGGCCCUUCGGGUUGCUCAAGUUCGCGGUGGAGGGGCAGCCGGGCGUGCCCAAGGACCUGUCCCGCAUCCUGGGCUGGUACUGGCAGCGCUUGCGGCACCGGGCACCAAAGAACAAGCACAUUUUGCAGUGGACAGAGGAGUGGCUAGCGGGUGACCCCCGCGGCAUCAUGUAUACAAUCUCAAAGUCAGUCGCCAACCUGCGAGCCAGGCUGGGCGGCAAAAGCCACAUCGGCGGGCCGCCUGGCGCCGCCUCCGGUCCCAGCACUGGCUUUGGUGCGGCGGCCCGCGCCUUCCGCUCCGUCACCGCUGGGCACGGCUGGCCGGGCAAGGGCGGCGUGGGCUUUGGCUCGCCUGGGGCCACAGCUUCCGGGGUACCGCCGGCCGCGGCCGCCGCAUCCCGUUCCGCAAUCAGUGUAAGCGGGGGCUUGGGCGCGGCUGGGGGUGCGCGGCCGGCAGUCAUUCGCGUGGCCCGCGGCGCCCCGCCGCUUGACGGCACCGCGCUUGCGGCCGCGCUGCAUGCUGUGUCGCGUGCUCACAUCACAGCUGUGGGUGUCGGCAGCGAGCGCGACAUGCCGCCGCCGCCGCCACACUCCUGUGAC